CUAUUUUUCAAGCUUUCAACAUCUUUUCAAUAUUUGACAACUUUCAAUUGGAACUCCAAUGAUAAUUCAUCAACCUUUGGUAAGUAAGUAUUUAGCAAUUCCUUUAUCUUAAUUCCCUUCGAUAUGAUUACAAAACCGAUCUGUCAAUCCCCUGACAACCAGAUUUAUCUGGACAUGAUGUCUUAAAAUAUGUUUUAAUUCAUGAUUCAUCGAGCCUCAAUUUUAUCAUUGCACAUUCUGCUAGUUGACAUCAGAAUCACUGCUAACAUCGCAAAGUAAUUUUUUAGUUUAGGUUCUCUUAGAUUCGAAUUUAAGAUGUAUCCAUCCGCCUUAUCAGAGCCUAUUGCCAUAUCAUCCAUUGCUGGCCGAUAUUUGCUAUUCGACAUAGAUGUCGUGACUCACCUUCGCAGGACUUACCAUAUCUGCGGUGUUUUGACUGGUACCAUCCCGCAGAUUCCACAGCAGAACUUAUUCCUUGGCCUACCCGUUGAGUUACUACCAGAAGAGGCCAAAGUCCUCGUCGAUAAAAAAAUUGCAUAUAUUGUUGAGGAUACUCCCUGGCAUAAGCAACAUUUCGCUUCUCUAGAAGGAUCAGACAGGAAAAAAUACUUGGAGUCUCUCAAAACGGAAGCAUUAAAAGCAAAGAGAGCUGCAGAUACUGAGGCCAGGAAGCGGACUGAAAAUGCCCUGGCAAAAAAAGCUCUUAAAGGUGGGAGUGAAUUAUUACCGGGUACCCCCCGAAAGAGUAACGAGCCUAAAGAUUCCAUUUCCAAUGAACCAGAUUCUUUGUUCGAUGAUGAACGUCCUGCCUCUAGAGCAUCCUCUGCGACAUCUCCAUCCACAAAACUUUGGGGAAUCACACCAACUGUUUCAUAUAAUUCAUCCUCUUCAUUCCAAAACUUUCCAUCAAGUUUAGCUCCUUCCGUUCCUUCAUCUUAUCCUUUGUUUGCGCACUUGCACUCUCGUGACUACUUCAUGACACCUGGCCUCCGCUUCGGAUGCGAUUACACUGUGUAUCCAGGAGAUCCUCUACGCUUUCAUAGUCACUUCAUAGCCACUGGCUAUGGAUGGAACGAAGAGAUUCGCUUGCUGGACAUCGUCGGAGGCGGUAGGUUAGGGACCGGUGUCAAAAAGGGUUUCUUGAUUGGUGGUGAAAAUCCCCAAAAGAAGUCAGAUGAAGAGGAGAAUGACGGAGUAAGAACGUUUUGUAUUGAAUGGGGUGGAAUGUGAUAUACCCAUAUGGAUUGGAGACUUCUACCCCCCGAUUUACCAUAUCGACAUAGAAUUAUGAAUAGAAAACGAGCUUUUUAACAACCUGUCAAAUCCAACUCAUGCUCUUGUGCAAUCUCAAUGUUGAGAGUUCUUCUGUCUCGAAUAUACUUAGCUCCUAUAAUGUCUUCAAU